CCAUGCUCCUCCUCAGGCUCAGCAGCAGGUACUAGCCCCACCAUGGACUCGCAGGCCCCACCCCAGGGUCCUGUGCAGACGCUCAUCUUCAUGGACCUGGAGGCCACAGGGCUGCCUUUCUCCCAGCCCAAGGUCACGGAACUGUGCAUGCUGGCCAUCCACAGAUGUGCCCUGGAGAACCCACCCACCCCCCAGGGGCCACCGCCCACAGUGCCUCCGCUGCCCCGAGUUGUGGACAAGCUCUCUCUGUGCGUGGCUCCCGGGAAGGCCUGCAGCCCUGGGGCCAGCAACAUCACUGGCCUGAGCACGGCUGUGCUAGCCGCACAUGGGCGCCAGCGCUUUGACGCUGACCUGGCCAACCUGCUCCGAGCCUUCCUGCAGCGGCAGCCACAGCCCUGGUGCCUCGUGGCACACAAUGGUGACCGCUAUGACUUCCCCCUGCUCCAGGCAGAGUUGGCUGCACUGGGCCUUGCUAGUGUUCUGGAUGGUGCCUUCUGCAUAGACAGCAUCGCCGCCCUGAAGGCCCUGGAGCAUGCCAGCAGCUCCUCUGAGCCUGGCUCAAGGAAGAGCUACAGCCUGGGAAACAUCUACACACGUCUCUACAGGCAGACCCCGCCAGACUCACACACAGCUGAGGGGGACGUCCUGGCCCUGGUCAGCAUCUGCCAGUGGAAGCCACAGGCCCUGCUGCAGUGGGUGGAUUCUCAUGCCAGGCCCUUCGGCACUGUCAAGCCCAUGUACAAGGCUGAAGCUCCCACUGGGCCCAGCCCAAGGUCAUCAGCUGCCACAGCCACUGCACCCCUGGUCACAGCCCGAGACACCUGUCCCAACCUUGGGAGUAGAAAGGGGCCCCAGAGUCCUUUUCCCAUGAAGAGUCAUGGAGCCUCAUCCACAGAGGGUCUUCUGGCCCCACUGGGCCUGCUGGCCUUCCUGACCUUGGCAGUAGCCACUUUGUACGGGCUAACCCUGGCCAUGCCAGCGCAGUAG